AUGGUCCACUACAUUAUCGACGAAAGCGAUCCCAAGGAAUCUGGAUUGGAGGCCCCAUACAUAAAGCUGUACUCGCUUGCUACUCCGAACGGGCAGAAAGUCUCAAUUCUUUUGGAACUUCUCGGGCUGGACUAUCAUGUGCGGAAAAUCGACAUUUCCAGAGGCGAAUGCAAAGAGGACUGGUACUUGCAAUUCAAUCCAAACGGCAGAAUCCCAUCCCUCACUGAUGUGGACGCCAAGGGUAAAGUCACCCACAUUAAUGAAAGUGCUGCCAUCAUGAUGUAUCUGUGUGACAAAUACGACAAGGACAGAAAGUACAGCUUCGAAUACGGCACAGACUUGUAUUAUGAGCAGUUGGAAUGGGUGUUUUUCCAGAUGGCUGGAUUGGGACCAAUGAAGGGACAGUUCCACCACUUUGCUUUCUAUGCUCCUGAAAAAGUGCCAUAUGGUAUUGACAGAUACCGCAAGGAAACCGUGAGACUGUUUUCCGUGUUGGAGGAGAGACUCACCCGUAACAAGACCGGGUACCUGGUGGGCGACCAUUUGUCCAUUGCCGACCUUGUUUCCUGGCCAUGGGUCAACAGACCAAGAUUAGAGGAGCUGGAGCAGUUCCCAAGAUUGAGUCAGUGGCUCAAGGACAUUGGUGAGAUUGACGCCGUCAAGCGUGGAAGCCAGAUCCCUGCUUGA